AUGAACUGUAUAGAUCCUCAGAGAUUAGAAGAGGAAGAAAAAUAUGACCUCUUGAAAGGAGAAACGAAAUAUAUGAAUCGCCAGAUAAAUGACAUAGAUCUGUGGAUGUCUGUGAAGAUACCCAGAAGGAAAAUGGUGAAGAUUAGUGUUACUCACUGUAAUCCUGAAGCGAAGGAGGGAAUGAGCAGGCACAAAUACUCCUGA